AUGGGAGUACCGUAUGAAAUCGCAGACUGGAAAUCAGCUGUCGCUGCAAAACGCCAGGAACUCUACGAGAGUAUUCCCCCAGCCCAUCGACUGCCCCCAGCACUCGCAGAUCGCGCAGCCAAGGGAACCCUAAAACCAGAAGAUCCCGACGUACUACAAUGCGGGAUCCUGACGGAUUUAGAUCUGGAGAUCACCAGCCUCAUUGACGCAGCUGCUCUCGUCUCCUCCAUUUGCAGGGGGAAGUACACCUCCGUACAAGUCACAGAGGCGUUCUGCAAACGGGCCUCGAUCGCGCAGCAAUGCACGAACUGCCUGAGUGCCAUUUUCUACGACGCCGCCAUGCAGAGAGCGCGCGAGUUAGACGACCACCUGGCGCGGACGGGAAAGCCCGUCGGGAUCCUACACGGACUGCCUGUGUCCGUGAAGGACGUAUUCAACGUGGAGGGGCAAGCAACGACAGGCGGUCUCGUCUCCUGGCUACCGAAUAUCGCCCAGGACAAUGCUACUGUGGCGCACAGCAUUAUUGCCGCUGGGGGGAUCCUGUACGCCAAGACAGCAACGUCCCAGGCGUGCUUGAUGGUGGAAUCCAUCACCAAUGUCUUCGGUAUCGUACGGAACCCGCAUAAUCCGCAACUGAGCGCUGGUGGCUCCAGUGGUGGUGAGGCAGCUCUGGUUGCGGCCAAGGGCAGCAUCCUCGGGUCUGGCACUGAUGGAGGUGGUAGUAUUCGGUUUCCGGCUAUGUUCUGUGGGUUAUGGGCGCUCAAGUGCUCCAAGGGUCGUAUUCCAACGGGGGGUUGCGGUGGUGGUCCUCAGAGCGGUAGUGAGUCGGUCAAUAUGGGGGCUGGUCCUAUGGCAAAGAGCGUGGCUUCUCUGGAGCUUUGGCUUCGUGCUCAGCUGGCUUCGAGACCGUGGGAGAUGGAUUCGAGCUGUAUUCCCAUGAGUUGGAGGCUUUCUGAGGCGGAACGUUCGCAAAAGACCCUGACCAUAGCUGUGAUCUGGGAUGAUGGUAUUGUGAAGCCAGUACCUCCGGUGACGCGUGCCGUGAGCGAAAUAGCCAACCUCCUCCGCCAACACGGCCACAAGGUCAUAGACCUACCACCAGACAAAAUCAAAUCCAUCCACCGCCAAGCCAUGUCCUGCACCAUGCUGUGCAACGUACAAGAAGGAGGCGAAACAGUGAUGAAACACAUUGAAGCCUCGGGAGAACCAGUCGUGCCUCGCACAGCAACGGGCUCACCCGCCUCACGACUAACCGCGCGAGAAGUCUUCGACAACCACAUCCUCCGCAGCCGCUUGGUGAACGAGUACAACGAUCUCUGGAAGGAGUACCAGAUGGACGCUAUUCUCGCACCGGCAGUGUGCCAUCCUGCUCCGCCGCAUGGGACAUACAUCAGCAAUUCGUACGCUACGAUAUAUAACAUGCUGGAUUAUGUGGCUGGUUCUAUUCCAUUUUCUACGGUGCAUGCCGUGCUGGAUCAGGCGCGCCCGGAAUGGUAUAAUCGCCAGCCUUAUGAGAGGAUUGAGCCGGUGCGGUUUCCGUAUGAUCUUGGAGACAAGGAGAUGAUGGAACUUUAUACUUCGCCGGAUGUUUUUGAGAACGCCCCGUCGGGCGUGCAGGUUGUCUGUCGGAGGCUCAUGGAGGAGAAAUGCAUUGGAAUUCUGAAGGAGAUUGAAGCCCUGAUGUCGCUUGCGCGGGCGUAA